AUGAGACUAUGUCCAAUAUGCGGACCAAAGCUUUCAGCUUUUUGCAUGGUAAUGUCAGUUUGGGGUGUUUUUUUCCUUGGUCUGCUUGGUGUUUUUUUCUACGUUCAAGCAGUAAAUUUAUUCCCUGAUCUUCAUUUUGAACAGGAUGAAACAGGGGCUUUGCCAUUAACAACUGCCGUAAUUGAAGAUAAAUAUGCGGAAAAGGCGACGCAGUGCUGGGUAGCUGCUGGUAUGUAUCUUGUCACAUUGAUUAUUGUUUUCUGGCAGAACAAAUUCAAUUCGACAACAAUAUUUUGA